GUGAAAACUUUCCUGGGCAGCAAAGGGCUCACCUUUCCUGAGCUGGAACAGCCAGAGUGGCUGGAAAAGCUACACUUCAUGGUAGACAUGACAGCGCACCUGAACACGCUGAACACAGCUCUUCAGGGGAAAGGACGUACAGCCCUGCACAUGUUGGAGGAUGUUUUGGCAUUCGAGCGCAAGUUGACAGUGCUUGCCAGAGAUUUACAGAAAGGCACUUUGUCUCACUUCCCCAAUUUGAGAGAGUUCAAACAAGGUCACGACAUGAUAAUUUCGGAGUAUUUACAUUCUGCAAUCAUCGCAAUGCAAACAUCGUUUGGGAAACGCUUCUGUGAGUUCAGAGAGGAAAAAAACACAUUAUCCUUCCCGGUCACUCCCUUAAGCAUCGAUCCUUCCCUACUGAAUACGACUGCAUUGGCAGGUGUGAGUCAACCUGAUCUUGAGAUGGAACUGGCCGACAUAGCCGACAAAGACAUAUGGGUGUCCAAGUUUAGACGCUUGACAGCAGACCUUGAAGAUGUUGCCUGUCAGAAGGCCGUUCUUGCUCAGAAACACAAAUGGAGUGAUAUUGAAAACCUCACAGAUGACAGCUUGCGAUCCUGUGUAAAGAUGAAGGUGACAUCAUACAGCCCUGAUGUGCAGACGCUGUGCGCUGAGGUCCAGGAGCAGAAAUCCCAUUAACCAAGAUGACAGCUGGCUGACGUUAUUUUUGGUUUGCUGCUGGCGGAAAAUUUAAGUUCGGCGUUUUUCAUAAAUACAAGAAGGACUCAAAUAGACAUUGAAUAUUUUACUUAAAAGUAACUUUCAACCCAACGUCUUUUUUUCGGAGUUCAAAAUGUUUUUGUUGCAUGCAGAAAUGUAAUUUCGUUUUCUCUGCAGGAGUUCAUCAAUUUCAUAAAUGCAACACAUUAUAGUUUGUUUAUACAUAGCAUAAAGGCAAAAAAAAACGUUGUAUGCAGUGUUAUUUCAUUUUAAAUGUCAAACGGGUUUUGCG